AUGAGCACCAACAAGAAGUGGGAUGAUGCCUCUCAGAAGGAUCUCCUUUUUGCCAUGCUGAUGUCAACUGGCGAUGGCAGCGGAACCAUCAAGCCAGAUUGGAAGGAGGUUGAGAAGAUGAUGAAUGGCUGGGGUUACACCUUUACCAUCGGCGCCAUGUCCCAGCAUUGGUCCAAGACGAUCCUGAAGGCCUUCAAGGAGCGACACCCAGACAACUCGGGGGAUGGCGGCAACACCAAUGCUGGCCCUACAAUUGCCAAAACUCCUGCAUCCAGCAAGGCCAAGGCUAAGACCAGAAAGCGCCCUGCUUCUGACGAGGAUGCGCCCCUGGAGAAAGCCGGCAAGGGGAAGGCCUCUCAUGGCACUGCUAAGAAGAGAAAGGUGUGCCAGGACAAUGACGAGGAGGAGGAUGGGGACGAGCAUGUCAUCAAGGGCAAGGCUGAGACUGACGACGGCCACAACUCUGUGGCCUAA